AUGGCCAAACGUGAAACUAUCGUGCACUGGUUCCGGAAGGGAUUGCGUAUCCACGAUAAUCCGGCACUUACCGUAGCCGUAGACAGGGUAAGAGAAAAUCCUACAAAAUACUCCCUACGGCCAAUAUUUGUGCUUGAUCCGGCCAUACGCAAGUGGUUGCGCGUUGGUUCCAAUCGGUGGCGAUUUUUGCAGCAGACGCUGGUUGAUUUGGAUGAAAACCUACGCUCCAUCAACUCGAGACUCUACGUAGUGCGCGGGAAUCCGGUGGAAGUAUUCCCGAAGCUGUUCACCGAAUGGAAUGUAUCGCUCUUAACCUACGAGCACGACAUUGAACCGUACGCCGUGAAACGAGACGCAACCGUCGAGCAACAGGCUAAUAAACACCACGUGCAAAUUCAUGUGGAAAAAUCUCACACCAUCUUUGACCCCGAAGUCAUCGUAAAGAAAAAUGCCGGUAAGCCACCACUAACCUAUCAACGGUAUGCAACACUUGCAUCGGCCUGCAAAAUACCUCCAGCACUACCGGCACCACAAAAACUUCCCGCUAAAUGCACUGCACCAGCAUCGGACAAUGAGGAGCGCAAAAAUUCAGCUUGCUACGAUCCUCCAACCACGAAGGAACUGGGUGUAGAUGAAAACACGUUGAGCAGCUGCAAAUUUCCCGGCGGAGAAACGGAAGCUUUGCGCCGAAUGGAGGAAGUUCUCGGUCGGAAGGCAUGGGUGUGCAAUUUUGAGAAGCCCAACACAUCUCCAAAUUCUCUAGAACCGUCCACCACGGUUCUGAGUCCGUACCUGAAGUUCGGUUGCCUAAGCGUUCGUCUUUUCUACACCCGUAUAUCGGACAUUAUCAAAGGGCAAAAACAUUCCCAGCCACCGGUAUCGCUGAUCGGACAGAUAAUGUGGCGCGAGUUUUACUACUGCGUGGCAGCCGUAACUCCCAACUUUGAUAAGAUGGUCGGUAACAGUGUCUGCAUGCAGAUUGAUUGGGACACGAACAAAGAGCAUCUGGAAGCAUGGACCCAUGGGCGGACGGGUUAUCCCUUCAUCGACGCAAUCAUGCGUCAAUUACGCCAGGAAGGUUGGAUACAUCAUCUUGCCCGUCAUGCGGUCGCUUGCUUCUUGACACGUGGCGAUCUCUGGAUAUCGUGGGAAGAAGGGCAGCGUGUUUUCGAGGAACUACUGCUCGACGCUGACUGGGCGUUAAAUGCUGGCAAUUGGAUGUGGUUAUCAGCUUCUGCCUUCUUUCAUCAGUUCUUCCGCGUGUACAGUCCGGUAGCGUUCGGCAAGAAAACUGAUCCUGAGGGGAAAUUCAUUCGCAAGUACGUACCGGAACUGGCACGCUUUCCUGCCGGCAUCAUCUACGAACCGUGGAAGGCGAAUCUCGAAACGCAAAAGAAGCUCGGUUGCAUUAUAGGGAAGGACUAUCCAAAGCGGAUCGUUAUGCACGAGGAAAUAUCGAAGGCAAACAUUCAACGCAUGUCCGCCGCCUAUAAACGUAACAAAGCACAGAAAGAGACCGAUCUGGAUGGUGACAGUUCUCCACCGGUGGCCAGUACGACGGGAAAAAAACGUCCUGCGGCGUCGUCAUCGGCCACGAAAAGCGGUGCUACUCCCAAGAAGCGAAAGCUUGAAAACACCAUCGAAAAGUUCUUGAAAAAGAAGUAAAAUCAAUGGAAGCUAAGCUCACACAAUUAUCAAUACAAACUGCCAGUAAUACUCAAGUUUAACUCACGGGUGAGUGUUAA